GAAUAUGCUGCAUCUAGGAAUCAUAAAUUCUUCAUACUCCAACAGACCAUAACGACAAACUUACAUUUUAUCAGUCCCCGUCGGGAUAAGAUUGUAUGACGCUUGAGGACCCGGUGAGACCGCGGAGAUUUCUGGGACAGGUGGGGAUGUUUCCAUCAUGGCGGCAUCCAUUUCGGGUUAUACUUUUAGUUCUGUGUGUUAUCACAGCGCUAACAGCAACUCCGAUCAUGAGGGAUUUUUAUUGGGAGAGGUGAGGCAGGAAGAGACCUUCAGCAUCAGUGAUUCACAGAUAAGCAGCACUGAAUUUCUUCAAGUAGUAGAAAUCCAUAAUCAUGAACCAUGUGCACAUCUCUUUAGCUUUUAUGAUUAUGCGGGAAAAGUGAAUGAGGAGAAUCUCAACAGAAUUCUGAAGGACCGAAGGAAAAAUGUGAUUGGCUGGUACCGGUUCCGUCGGAACACCCAACAGCAGAUGUCGUUCAGGGAGCAGGUGCUGCACAAGCAGCUGACCACUCUCCUUGGCGUGCCUGACCUCGUCUUCCUCCUCUUCAGCUUCAUCUCCACGGCCAACAGCUCCACACACGCGCUGGAGUAUGUGCUCUUUAGGCCCAACCGCAGGUAUAACCAGAGAGUGUCCCUCAGCAUACCCAACCUGGGCAACACCAGCCAGCAGGAGUACAAGGUGUCCUCCGUGCCCAACACGUCCCAGAACUACGCCAAGGUCAUCAAGGAGCACGGAGCGGAGUUCUUUGAUAAAGAUGGCGUGAUGAAGGAUAUCCGCACUAUUUACCAGGUGUACAGCGCGCUGCAGGAGAAAGUGCAGGCAGUGUGUGGAGAAGUGGACAAAAGUGAACGCGUGAAGGAAAAACUCCAGGAGGAAGUGAACCAACUAAAGCAACAGAUCACCCUCAGGAAACGGAAGACUGCAGAAGAAGAGAGGAGACUACAGGAGGCAGACACAGCAGCCCAGCGCUCCUCUCCUGAGAGCUCCUCGGCGCUCCCGGACGCUGCGUCUCCUUCUCCCUCUCCCCGAGCGCCUGCUCCUCCACUGCUCCCGCCACUCUCCACUCGCCUGGCCUUCCAGCCCACGCCCACUUCCUCCGCUGCUGCGGACCGGGGGGCAGCGUCCGCUCCUCUCGGGGGCCUCCCCACCGUGCCCGGCGCCUCGUCCUCGUCAGCCGGUGUGUCCGGCGCGUCGGGCGCGUCGGGCGCGUCGGCCUACAUGGGCGCGCUGGGCCAGGACCCCACCAGGGCUCUGCUGCUGCCGCGGCCCCAGGCGGUGGGCUCACCGGGCCACCCGUCCCCCGGCCUGGGCCUGGGCCUGGGCAACGGCGACGGCUCCAGCUCCGACUCCCUGGACCGGCAGGCGGCCGGACAGGAGAGGGACGACGAGGAGGAGGAGGACGAAGACGAGGAGGAGGAGGACGAGGAUGAGGACGAGGACAGUAGCGAGUACGAGAACCUGGUCAGCGUGACGGCGGUGCCGACGGUGGCAGUGGCAGGAGCAGGAGCGGGCGCGGGCGCGUCCACCUCUUCGCCGCUGUCGCCAGAGGUGCUGGCCAUGGGCCGGCCAGCCGCGCUGAGGCCAGACGGAGACGCACAGGGCUCCCCGACGUCUUAGACGAGCAAGCCGCACAACGGAGGAGAGAAAAAAAAGAAGCGGAAGGAGGGAAGGAGGGAAGGAGAGAUGGCAGAAGAGCAGUCAGACGAGGUUGUCUGGGAUGAGAAGGUGAAGAACUCCAUGUGGUUUAAUUAUGGCUUCAUCUUGGCCCGAUUACUCUGGUGAGAUGAGCAGUCUGCCACAGACGCUGUUAUUUGGCCAACAACCUCACUGGCAACGUUGCAAAACAUUGUGGGAGAGGAUAAGAAGGGACAUUAAGUGUAUGUGUGCGUCUCUUUCUUUCUCUCCCUCCCUCUCUCUCUCUUGUUCUCCGUCUGAAAAAGACUCCCUCUCUCAGAUGGGCAGACUUGAGACUCGUGACUCACAACGUGCUUACUGGCUCACUCUGUGUCCGACAGACUUGACAUCUGCUACCAACCUACGACGGCCGUUUUGUUAACAUUUACCUCGUGCACUACUUUUGCCUUCGUUUAACGUUUAUUUAACGAGAUGAGCAAAGGGAAAAGAAAAACAAUGCCUUCUGCGGCCUUCACUCUUCCCUAAGAGAGCCAGAACAUUGCCCAUUGUUUUUUUUUGUUGUUGUUUUGCUUUGUUUUGUUUUGUUUUUUCUCAUGUUUUCUUUAUUCAGUGGCAAACAGAAAUAUAUAAAUAGAUAUAUAAAUAUAAAUAUAUAUAUAUAUAAAGAUAUAUACAUGAUCGAUAUAUAUGUCAUCGAUCCACUACACUUAAAUCACCUGCGCGUUGCAGAGGUUGGACUACUGACUGUCCUUAGUGCAGUUUUUGGUUAUUGAGAAACAAAAUCUGUUUGUCCCCCAUCCAGUGGCCUGUGUAGUCGGUGUAACAAAGAGAGGUUUGAUCAAAGUUCUAGUCUUUGGCGCCAUCAAUUCAUGUGAUUUUCCUGUUUAUUAUUGUUAGGGGGACGGGCUGGGAAUGCGAGUAACAGUGAUGAACUGUAGUCGUCACCUGAUUUAGAAAACUUGUUUUGGCGCUAGUCUUUGUGUAUUCCUCCGCGGCGGUUGAUGUUGUUCUGUUGCGUUCUGCUGCGUUCUGCGUGAGCUUUUCUUGUUCCGUUGCUCUCCAGACGAGUUCAUCUGCUCUGCUUGUGCGUCCGCCGCAGGAGUUGACAAACUGCGGUGUGCCUGUGUGGCACUUCCCAGCAUAAGGGUACUCACACACACACACACACACACACAUGCGCACACACACACGCACACACGCUCUACUGUAGCUUUACUAACCCACCCGUGCUUCUGCUUGCCGUUUUUCAACACCAUGGGCCUCCUGCUUUGUCCUCUACUUCCUGGUUUGCGUAGACAAAUUUGAGAGGGACAGAGAGAGGUUCAGUAGAUGUGCUUUUUGAGGUCAGGACCGAUCCCACCACUGACAGUCAGACCCCACACGCAGGCGGAUCAAUAGGGCUCGUACUGACCAGGAAACAAAAAAGGAAGUCAACAUUGAUGUGUUUGACAUGGCUCUGUGUCCUGCUGGUUUGAGGCAGGAGAGGUUACUGAUUUUCUGUGUGUGUGUGUGUGUAUGUGUGAGUGUAUGUGUGUGUAGAUCAACUAAGUUAGCCCACCAGACUCAAAUGUCUGCAGCCUAAAACAUGUUAAAAUGUGCAUUUUGUUUUCCCGUGUAAAGAAACCCUUGCAUCUAAUCAAAGACCGACGGCAGACAGUUCAUGCAUUCCCUUUACCAAAGCCAGUGGCUGACUAAUCCAAACAGGUGGCUGGAAUGGGCUUAUGGCUGGAAGGAGGAUGUAUGCCUAAAUAAUGUCCCUUCAGACAGACUCUCCCCGUGUAACAACUGUGCCUUAACACUCCCCCCACCUCCGUACUACUCCUUCGGACACGAGACACGUUUGACUUGCACACUUGGAUGCUUCCUGGUCAGUUGCUCUUCAUCAAGGUAUUGCUAGCAUACAACCCAGCUGCUUGCAGAUGUUUUGGACUUCCUUCCUGGACAAUGACUCAAGCUUACUCCAAGAGUUUGUCGAAUGUUAGGAGUUUUUCUUUUCUUUUUUUCCAGGGCAAGGAUCAUAUUUUUUUUUGGCAAAGGAAGUCAGCAGUGUUAGGGAGAGGUAUUUAAUAACGCUUGGAUCUGAAGAAGGACCUCCAGUUGGUCAAUGACGGGCUAGUGUAGGGGGCAUCCGCUGGUGCCUCUACUCCUCUCUGAGCUGGUCAGCAAAACAGACAAGUGAUGAGGACUGAGGUGGUCUGAGGUCUGUCUUGGGGUAUGUCCAGUGGCAUGGCAUGUAAACGUGCGCUUUACAAUCGCCAUGAUAAUCUACUGUAAAAGCCUUUGAAACAUGUAGGUGUUUUUUUUUUUUUUUUUCUUUAAUUAGUGUCAAGCACUGCCUCUGGUGUGGCUGGUCCAUAAAAACAGUAUUUGAUGGAACUGUAAAUGUCUUAAAGCAUAACCACAGUACAGGCGUGUGUGUGUGUGUGUGUGUGUGUGUGUGUGUGUGUGUGUGUGUGUGUGUGUGUGUGUGUGUGUGUGUGUGUGUGUGUGUGUGUGUGUGUGUGUGUGUGUGUGUGUGUGUGUGUGUGUGUGUGUGUGUGUGUGUGUGUGUGUGUGUGUGUGUGUGUGUGUGUGUGUGUGUGUGAUUAAAGCUGUAGCACAACAAAUUAUGCUGCAUGAGCGAAGCAUGGGAAAGUGGUUGAGGACCGAGGUUAUUUGUGUCGAGUCGGUGCUACCGUGAAAACUGACUGUCUUAACUUUUAUUUCUCUCUCUUGGUGGAGUUAAGAAUUAAGUUGCAUUGUCAAUGCAGAGGGGCUUUACAAAGAGGACUGGUAACCCAAAUGUGAUUUUUUUUUUUUUCCUUGUCUCUUACCUACCCUCCUCAGUGUUGUUUUGUUUGAAAUCGCACCAUUGCGCUGUUUUAUUUUACAAAUCACUUAACCAAGAUUGGAAAUGGUUUCUAUUUGAUCACUGGAAGCAAAUGUAAAAAUAAAGUAAAUAAUAAUAAACUUAUGUAAGAGUAAACAAACUUUGAUGAAUGUAGAAUGUAGCUGUGAGGGGUUUGGGGUGUGUGGGAGUUGCAUCUCUUCUCACUUCCUGCAGUUCAUCUCCAUACGAAAUGGGACUGGUCAUAUGGGACCCCCCCCCACACACGCUGCUCUUUCCCUAAUCAAGGGGGCCACACAGGACUGUCUGACUGGUUGAGCGAACAGAAAGGCCCUCACAUUCUUCCAUUUCGAGGGUAAUAAAAGGAUGAUCCUCAGCA